GUCAUUGCAAAUUGUUGCCUACACUACGAACAUACUAUUUACAGACACUUCACACAACUACAGCAGGAACUACUUACAGACUUAUCCAAGGUAAGUUCAAUAAAGCAUAAAAAAAAAACUUGUACGCUAGUCAAAACUAAAGUGUGAAUUUUUGAGAAGUCAAAGUUAAUUACAAAUUUUAUGCCAAAAUUUCUGCUAUGUUGGCAUAAUUUUUAACUUCACUUUGAAUUCCUGACAGCUCACACUGUAGUGAUUAGCCCGUAUCGUACUCAGCGUACUUAUCAGAACAACCACGUGUAUUGUAUUCUAUGGAGUGAUAACUGUAUUGUAUAGAUUUACAUUGAUUACAAGUUAAUACAAUGUACCGAUAAUAAGACUGUUAGCGACGUGCAAUAUAGCUAAAAUUCCUGUAUAUAUGUCUACCUUAGCCCAUAGCCCCAUCUUAUUGUUUCUGUAAUGACAGGUGUUACAGUCUCUAGAAUAAUAUUAUUCACUAAUUCAAAUGUCAAUAUCACAUGUGCUCUCACAAAAAAAAAAUCUAAAUUCUUCAAAAACUAACAGUGGUGCUAUAGGAAACAUAUAUAUCUGAAUAUAUUGGUGUGGUUUAUUUGUGAACAUGCAGGUUAGUGUUAAACACACACACGCUAUAAGGGUGCUGCUGGGACCAAUAUACAAUCCAGCGCACUCACAAUGCCAGCUUCAAAGCCCAUAGAAUGCCACACCUCAUAAUCUUCUAAUGUUUGCAUGUUCAGGUGAGUGCACCCAUCUUGGAUUUAUAUUUGGGAGUCCAGGCCAACUCCCCGGGUUUGCACCCCUCCCUGUCACAGGUACUUCAUUCAGGGCCUUAUUUAACCUGCCACCUCAACCUUCAAUCUCAUAAGAACAGGUUUAGGUUGUUAGGAUAGGACCUGCCAAGAAUGAGGUACCUUGGCGUUGUGGCAGGCUUAUGCAAAGUAUGAUCUUACACUGUAACUAUUUUUCUUUUGUCAGAUGUUUUUUAAAAACUAUGAAAGUGUUUGAGCGUCUUUGAAGCUGGUGUCUGAGUGAAUUGAUUCUGGAGGUUUACAUAUACAUAUUAUAAUUUUUAUUCUGUAAGUUUUCAUCACCAGGGUUCUUCUCAAAUCUUAUCUGUCCAAGUAAAUUACGCGCUGUUACAAUUCACAAGCAGACUUUUUUUUAAAAACCCAUGUAUCUAAUUAUAUUUUCAAUCCUCCUUAUAUAUAUCCGACACACAGGAUAUGGGUCAGGGGCACGCCAACUCCAAACCUGAAGAGGUGGAUGAGUCCAUGGUGUUAGUUGGAAGUGAGGAAGAUUUCAAAAAAUCAAAGAGAAUCAAAGCUACAGUAAAUGAUAGAGAGGUUGUGAUAUUUUAUCACGAAGGGAAAUACCACGCAUUGGACUUGCGCUGUUACCGUAAGCACACUAAUCAAAUAUCCAUAUGACAUGUGCACAACAUAAAAUUGUAAUUUUUAAAUGUGUUAUUUUUUUUUUUAUAUAUAUAGAUUCGGGGGGACCCUUACAUCUUGGAGAAAUUGAGGUUGGUGAUUUAAUUAUUACGAUACUCGUGUCUAUUUAUCCUGCUCUGUGAUUAUGAGCCCCAUUCUAAAAGGCUCUGUAACGGCGACCAACAUUUUUAUGUCCAUAUUUCAAAGUAAACCUAUUUAAAUUGAAUUCAUAUUAAUGCGCUUUGACCAUUAGUGGACCAAAUAAAUGAAUAACCUAUUGCACAACAUUUGCUAAUCAAAACGUCAAUAAUUACAGAUUUUGGUUAAAAGGGAAAUAAUUCUCUGUGAUGUCCAUAGGUUUUAGCAUCAGUUAACAAUAUGUUUGUAAGUGGCAGUGAGAGAAGACGGCAUGAUUUGUCGAGAAGGAAAAGCUACAAAUUGUUAUCUCCCCACACAGUCUGAGCACAGGACGUGUUUUUAUGUUAUCUAAAGUGACAAACAACUCAUGGAGGCUAAGAAGUUCUGCCAAUUAAAUGUCCUUACGUAAUGUCACAAUUUGGGCUGACGACAUAAUAUUUUAAAAACCCACGUCAUCGGUUUACCAUUUGAGAGCCAGACAGGGAUAUUUACUUAAAGGUGAAUUGUCAGGAAUUCAUAUUUAAUUGAAAGCGAAUUUCAAAAUUUAGACCAAAACUAUAAACAUAGCCAAAAAUCGUAACUACAAGCACCAUAACUACUACAGAGCACUAACGCCUACCAACAACAAUGGCCAGGUACUUUUGUGUAUAAGUUACAUAUUGAAUCUAGAGCAAACCCUACACGAUAUUCAAAACUACUUGCAAAUUGUGCUCAAAAGGUAUCUGAGCCCCUAUCAUCCCCCCCACCCCAAAAUAAUAAAAUUGAAUAAAUUAGAAUAUUUAUACAUACAUAUUCUUAAUUACGUUUGUCUGAACAGCAAUCUAUACCCCAAAUUGCUGCUUUUAUCAUACGUGUAUGUUUGAGUAUAGCAUGUUUCAAAUAAAUCCUAACAGUUUUUCAAGCAGGGAUUUGUAGUUAAGCGAUUACAAGACAAAGGGAGGUGAAUGUUUGCAGGAUAUUUGAGCAAAAAAAACACUGUCAGGAUUAUUAAUAAAAGUGAAAGUUUUAAAGUUAAUUUCAAAUUUAAGGCCAAAAUAGUCAAACUGGAAUAUUUUUCUAAGUCAGCUAUGCUUUACUUUUGGCUGUUCUGAGAGAGUAGUGGAUGCAUGGAAUAGUCUCCCAGUUGAAGUGGUAAAGGUUAACACAGUGAAGGAGUUUAAGCAUGCAGGGAUAGGCAUAAGGCUAACCUAACUAUAAGAUAAGGCCAGGGACUAAUGAAAGUAUUUAGAAAAUUGGGCAAACUAGAUGGGCCGAAUGGUUCUUAUCUGCCGUCACAUUCUAUGUUUCUGGCCUUGUAAUGUUAAUUAUGUUGAUCUAAUUUACUUCUAUUAAUUAGACCCAGAUGUUCUCAGAUAUUGACCAUCUCAUUAGCUAUUCAAUCUGCUCACAGGGUUUUUUUUUUUGUUUGUUUCAAAAGCCCACUUGACUUUCAAGGGAGGUUAUGGUUGUCUGAUGGAAGGUAUAAUAAAAAGCAUUUGAAGUGUAUUUAUUUAUAUAUAUUUUUCUCUAAAUGUGAAGUGUAUUUAAAAAAAAAAACUACCCUUUUGUAAGUUAUUUUAUACUCUAGUGGUAUAUAAUAAUAGUUCAAUAUCACAUUCCCAUAGUCUCCCAGUGUCCCCAUGUCUCAGUGUGUCUUCUAGGGACACUGAGAGACAUGGGGACACAGACACUGGGAGACUAGGGGAAACUGGGAGCCAUGUGGACACUGAGCCACUAGGGACACUGGCUGGGGGACAUGGGGAGGCAUGGGGACACUGUGUCCCAAGUGUCUCCAUGUCCCAUUGUCUGUGGCUCCCAAUGUCCCUAUUUCUCACAGCGUCCCCAUGUCUCACAGCGUCCCUUAGUGUCUCAGUGUCCCCAUGUUUUUCAGUGUCCACAAGUAUGUGUCCCCAGGUGUCCCCUAGUGUCUGUGUCCCCAUGUGUCCCCUAGUGUCUGUGUCCCCAUGUGUCUCAGUGUCCCCUAGUGUUUCAGUGUCCCCAGGUCUCCCUGCUGCCUUUCACCCCCAUCCCUCAUUUACCUGAGCUGUAGAGCUGCUGUCUGGACUCUCUGUGCUGUGUAGCUGCUCCCCCACGGAUCAGUGAGUAGUAGAGAGAGGCAGAGAGGGAUAUGCUGUAACUUCCUAUCCCUGCCUCUCUCACACACAGUGACCCCUACUGGCCGGUGCUGGUAUUGCAUCAAAUACCGGCUGUGCCAGUAAAAUACUAGUCAGGUGGCAAACCUAAGAGAACCUAAGAGAAGAGAAAAAAAAAAUGUUUAAAUGGGCCUAGGCCUGGAGCUGCAGCUCCAUCAGCCCCUAUGUGAAUCCGGCCCUGAUCCUUGUGACAAGCAUGCGCUCUACCACUGAGCUACACCCCCUACACAGCACGCAAAACCAGGAUUCUUAAAAAAAAAAGACCAGAGCGAAUUACUUGUUCAUGGAGGUGGUCAGGUUUAACGCAGAUUCCCAAGAAUAACCAAAACACACUUGAUAGCAGGUUGAACAAAGUCAGGACAAGCCAAUACCAUAGGAGCAACAAUAUAGGCAAGAAAGCAAAGUUAUGUAAUAUGGAUUGUGGGGUAUUUCGAACCAUGCCAUAGGUUAAAAUCCAGAAAACCAGUAAAAGACCCCAUGACAGGAAUUUGAAGGAUGUUUAUAUAGUGUGAGCAAAAAUAGGCCAGCAUCAUUCUGGUGUCAUCAGAACAUGCGUGCAGAGUGACGCCAAGAUAACUCCAUGGAGAUAGUCUCCUUAGGAUGUCAAAUGAUUCCAGAAUCAUAAGAGGAUAUAACAUGGUAGUGUCUGCCAACAUAAAUAAAGAGGGGCCAGGCAACACGAGAGUCGGGAAUGUGCAAUGUGUGCAGGUACCAUGACAAAUAUGAAAUAAAUGAAUAGGUAAAACCAUAUUAGUCUAUUAAGGUUGGACGUUAAAGGUAAUAUUGCAAAAACCAAACCAGGAACUGCACUCUUCCAAAUCUAUAGACUUAGAUGCAACUAAACCAGAGGCCAGCACCAAACCUCUAAUUGUAUUUAGUAGUCAAAAAAGAAGGGUCCAGGCACUCUAAGGUGUAAAUAGGCAAAUUUAUUGGACUCAAGUGUCCAGCAACAUUUCAAACAGAAGAGGUCUUUAAGAUGAUAUCGCUAAGACCUCUUCUGGUCGAAACGUUGCUGGACACUUGAGUUCAAUAAAUUUGCCUAUGUAUACCUUGGAGUGCCUGGACCUUUUUUAUUUAUUUUUUUAUUUUUUUUUUAAAUGUUUACACUACUAUUUAAAGUUAACUCUGUCUUAUAUUCCUUAUAUAAGUUACCAUUUUUGUCAUGUUUGCAUUCGUAGUGUCAUCCUUAUGGUGACAAGUCCAACAAAAAAAUAAAAAAAUUGGGGAGAAAUUUAAUUGGUAUGUUUAAAAUGCUCUCUACAAUUGCUUUUGAGUCUCAAAUUUCUUAAAGUGAGUAAAUGUGUGUUUUUUUGUUUUUUUUGUUUUUUUUUAGCAUGCAUCAUGUAAACUAUCUUUGUUCUCCUAAUAUUGCUUAAAAUAUGUUUCCUAUUUGAGAUAGUGUCGGAACGGCACCAACCCUAUGUAACAGCCCUCCUCAUCCUAUUGACAUGUCCUUUAAGAAGUCCCUUGAAAACCUAAAAAAACCUCAGACAAUCCUUUCAUCUUUGAGUAAUUCCUUAAACUGGUCUGCCCAGUGUCUCCUUACAUCUCUACCCUUUUCACUCUACAGUCUUCCUACAUACGGCUGCUUUAAUUCAUUCAACUAGAUACAGGUUUCACAACUAAUGAUCUCAUUCCCCCUUUUUUAAAGAUUGCUCUACCUCGUGUUCCUAAAACAUACCUCCCACAGAUUGUAAGCUCAGUUGGAAAGGACCCUCAUUUGUCUCUUCAUGUUAACAUUUUUAUUUCUUAUAUAUGAAGCUUGUACUUUACGAUGAUUUUUUUAGAAUUAAUAACAGAAAAAAAUUAGGAAAAAUAUAAAAGACCAAUAUAAUGUAAAAUGUUUACCUUUUUUCUUCCAAAUUUCACAUAUAUUGAAGAAAAAUUUUAAAAAAUUUGGCAAAACGAGUCACCCAGUUUAUAUUCAUUAUAAUAAUUAUUUCUCAUUUUAUCGUGCUUCUGAUGACAACAGAUGAACUCAAUCGAGAGUUUCAGUUACGGGAACAAUUUGAUAUCAAUUUUUGUUAAUGUAGGGCAAUGUUCUUGAACAUUAUGAUCCACAUUUUUCUUUUUACUCACUAAUUCAAAACUUUCUGAACAUUUUAUCUCUACUUUCUGAGUGGUAAAGCACUUGAAAACUGAGCAAAAAAGUUCAGAUAAAAAGUAGGUAAUUUUAGGUAGUGAAGAAAGGCAUAUAAUAAGACCAAUUUCAGUGCUUAAAUGGAUUUGAGGCCAUAUAAUGUGAUAUCUCAUAAUUUCAUCUGCGCUUAAAAUACUAAAUCGGCUUAUUUAAUCUUAUGAACACCAAUUUUUCCCAUUAUAUCCAAUGCAGUUUACUUUAUUUAAUUGCCAGUAAUUAUAUAAGAGUGAUCACAAAAUCCCAGGCCACAUUGGUAUUUGUGCUUCUCUUAUGUGCAUGUCAGAUAAGGGAACCAGAAUUUGUACUGAACCAUUAUAGAGUGUAAGUAACAGUUGAAACAUUUUACUGCUGCUUUUUAAAAGCCUCCUUUGAUUAAUUUUAUUUUUUUCGCAGGACUGCAACGGACAGACUUGCAUCAUCUGCCCAUGGCACAAGUAUACAAUUGCCUUAGGCACUGGAGAGGGACUGUAUCAAGGGAAAGAUCCUGAGAAUCCUACAGCCAAAAAGUGGUACUCCAAGGGAGUGAAGCAAAGAGUUCAUAAAGUCACCAUCAGGAAUGGUGGAGUUUACGUAACGCUAUCAGAUACAAGUAUCAGAUAUGAUUCUGAUUAUUACGCAUCUGAGAAAUUUGAUGAAAAAACGUGCGUGAAAAAAUAGGAUGGUGUGAUCUUAACAAUGGUCUGUAUAAGGAGCUCCUUUGUUCUGCUUGGAUUUUGCGGGUAUAUUUAAAAAAAAUCGGGAUUUUAUUUAAUUGCAUUACAGAAAAACUGCUAUCUAAAGGUUAGGUGUAAUUAUAUAAUACACAGGAAAUUGUGGCAUAUGGAUCACAGGUCAAAUGAUAGGUAUGUUAAACCACCUGCAUCCGCUGUAUCAAGACUACAAGUAAAAAUAUUUAUCAAAUAAUCGAGUAUUCUUUUAAACUUGAGAUUUGUAUCUAUCAUAUUUACUACUAUGUUAUUUUAAACACUGUCAUCUGGCUGAUACUCGGAUUCAAACGUUUCUUCAUGUUUUUUUGCUGGUUCAAAAGCACUUUCCUGGAAAAAUCCUAAAUAAUUUCAGUAGUACCUUUACUCCAGCUCUAUAGCUUUGUACACUCCGGUUCACUUCCAGCACUUUACUAAUGCUUUUUUUUUUACCAAAAAGGGGAUUCCAGUAUAAAUGCAACAUGAUAUUCCACAAUAUUGUCCACCAGCUGUUAAUCCCAGGAAAGGUCUGUUUUAAACCUUUGAUCUCAAAUCAAACCAAACAUGUAAUAACUGCUAAUAUUUCACUAUCUGUGGGGUUUUUUCCCUCUUAAAUAUGCACCGCUGAGACUAUACUGUUUUCUAAAUCACAGAAUAUACUUGAAUAUGAGAAGUCUUGAUGUAUUUCUCUUGAUACAUUUCCUAAUAAUAAAUAAAUAUACAUACCUGCAUCUAA